GAAGCUUGUGGCGUGAAACAAUCUUCAGCUUCCGUUCAUCUGAAAAGUCUGCGGUGUUUUUUGUCCAAUCAUGGCAGCUUCGAAUUAUUCUUUAAAAGUUAACAGAGAUUUGUUGGAGCCGAAGUUUGAAGGUUACAAGUUGUCACUGGACCCUAUACCGACGUACAGCGUGGAGCUGGAUGCUGCUGUUGAGGAAGUUAAGUUGAAGGAUUAUCAGUACACUCUGGAUCAUAUCCGUGCUUUUGGCAUGUACAAUUACCUGCACUUGGAUCCUUGGUAUGAAGACAGCGUUUUCUUUGUGGAUUGCAAAGGACGGGUCCUCGGCCUCACCGUCACUCUGGAUACGGCCUUGGGGAAGCCGAGAGAGGUUUACGGUAUAACCACUGAUCCGAGCCAGUUUGAGGGUCGUCUUUGUGCCUCCCUCAGCCUGACCUCAGCCACGUGGGCUGCACUCUCUGACGGCACCGGCAGACUGAUCCUCCUUCGCACUGGCAAGAGAGGAGACAGCUCUCACAUGAAGUGGGAGCCUGUGUUCAGUGAGGACGUGGGGGAACCCUUCACCAUCCUGCACAGCGUCUCACAUGUCCAGACUGGAGUUCAGACCAUGGAGGUUCUGCUGCUCCGCAUCCAGAAAGACCUGACGGAAACCACAGGAAGUGGAUUCUCUGUGUGUCUGGAGUGGCUCACCGUGGCGAACACCGCAGGGCAAGGUCAGGAGAAAAAUUAUGAGGUGAAGAAGAGAAGAACCCUGACGGGGAAGUCAGUGCCACAUUACGCAGCAGUAGAGCCGCAGGGGAAAGGGUUGAUGGUCGCGUCGGAGAAACUCUUUGUCUUCACGCAUGUGGAUGGCCAUCCCCUGGAACCACCUGAGCCAGAGCCUAUGGAGGUGGACAAGGCAGAGCCAAUUUACUUCUGGCAGCAGACAGCUGAGGACAUCACCGUGUCUCUGCGUAUGCCUGAGGGGUUCACCAAAGAAAACGUACAGUUCCAGUUGACUGCGGACCGUGUGAGAGUUGGAGUUCAGGGAUUCCCUCCCCUACUGGAAGGCCAGCUGUUCACAUCUGUCGACCCUGAAGCCAGCACCUGGAUCAUCAGAAAUGACAAAAGCCUGGAGGUGACCCUUCAGAAGCGCAGCGAGGGGCUCAUGUGGCCGGAGGUGGUGAUGGGCGAUCGGCGAGGAGAGUAUGUCAUGAGUGAUGAGCAGGCUGCCCUCAUCCAUGAGAGACUGACCCAUCUGACCUCUGAAGACCUCAUCGUGAACCCUGAUGGGGCCAAGCCUGCUUGUAACCCUCAGGAACUGGAGGAGUGCGAUCGGUUCCCAGAAGACAGCUUCAGCCUCACACACUUUGAUGGCGAGUUGCUGAAACCCACUCAGGUGGUGAAUCUUGGGAGCCACCAGUACCAGUUCACAGUUAACGUGGACCCAUCUGAAAUGCCAUGUCUCUGCCUCCGUCACGACGUCGAUGCCCUGGUGUGGCAGCCGCGACCUGAACAACUCAGCAACAUGUGGGAACACAUUUCCACUUUCAAUGCCUUGGGUUAUGUCCAGGCUUCCAAUCGGGAGAAGAAGUUUUCAACCUGCGCACCGAACUUCUCCUACGCGGCUGUUUGCGAGUGUCUGCGCCGCGUCUUCAUCUACUAUCAGCCGUCACCGAUUGACACGGUGCUUUUUAACAGGAAGCAGGGCCGCCACGUAGCACAGGUUGCCAAGCAACAAGUGGCCAGCCUGGACUCCAGUAAACCAAUAUUGGGCUUCAGAGCAACCAAUGAGAGACUGUUUGUCUUAACCUCAAGUCAUCUCUUUGUUCUAAAGGUCAAUAAUAAUUAGAUUUGGGUUUCUGAGUUUCAGGUUUCCAUCUUCUUACCUGCCCGGAGUGCAACCAUUCCAAAAUCAGAAAUGUCUUCAUAUGCAAAUUUCUUCUAUAUUUGUCUGCAGUAAAUUCAGUGUCCAACAAAAU